AUGACUUUUGAGAACCUUGGUGUAUGUUCUGAAAUUGUAGAGUUACUACGGGAUAAGGGGAUUACUAACCCCACUGAAGUUCAAAGAGGUUGCAUUCCUAUCAUUUUAGAAGGUAAUGAUGUAGUGGCAUGUGCAAAGACUGGUUCUGGAAAAACAGCAGCAUUUCUGAUUCCUAUACUCCAGUCACUUAUGAUAGAGCUGAAACCAUUAUAUGCCCUUAUAAUUACUCCGACAAGAGAGUUGGCUCAUCAAAUAGGGGAGCAAGCAGCGGGAUUGAAUUUAAUCCAAGGUGAACCUCUAUGCAGUGUAUUGGUGAUAACUGGAGGAAGAAGCAUAGUUCAUCAAAGUAUUGAUUUGGCUCGAUCCCCACAUAUAAUUGUUGCUACUCCUGGUCGAUUGGCAGAUCUUUUACGCACCCAGAUAGCUGCUGAAGAAGCUGACGAGACUUGUAAGGCAGAAUGGACAUUAUCCCGAACAAAAGUAGUAGUUCUAGAUGAAGCAGAUCGACUGUUAGAAGAUAAUUUUGGCAAAGAUCUUGGUCUCAUACUAAAAGCGCUCCCCAAACGUCGUCAGACUUUACUUUUCAGUGCUACUUUCAGUGAUGCUGUUAAGUCGUCACUGGAAGCUGCGAAAUCAGCAGCCUAUGCCGAAGACCGACGUCCUCCUAUUUUAUGGCAACCUGAAUGCAUGACUUCAUGUCCAUCUUACGGUGCCACAACUGUUGAAACCUUGAGUCAAUACUAUAUUUUGAUGCGUCCUGAGCACAAAGAAGCAUUUUUGGUUCAUACUGUUGAUCAGUUUCUUACUGAGAAUCCACAUUCACUUAUUAUGAUAUUUACAAAUAAAUGUAAAUGGUGUCACCUUAUCGGUCUUAUGAUGAACAGCUUAGGUAUAAAAACAACUCUCCUCCACUCUGCUAUGACUCAAAAGAACCGCAUAUCUUCGCUAACUCUUUUCCGUUCCAGUCAAAUUCGUGUCUUAAUUGCAACAGACCUGGCAAGUCGUGGACUUGAUUUUCCAACUGUUGAUAUUGUAAUCAAUCAUAAUGUCCCUAUCCGACCAAAAGACUACGUCCAUCGAGUUGGACGAACCGCUCGAGCUGGGAAGGCCGGCAUAGCAUUGACUUUAUGUGACCUUUUUGAAAUAAAACGUUUAAAGGCUAUCCAGACAUUUAUCAAUAAAGAACUAAAAACUUUUGAAGUAAAUGAGAAAAAGGUUGCUCAAAUCAUAGCUGAGGUAUCAAUUGCUCGUCGUGAUGCAGAACGAAAACUGGAUGAGAUUCGAUUUGAUGAAAAACGCGAGAUCAAUAAAGCAAAACAAAUAUUGAAGACCAGAGAAUCAACGAAACUGAGUAAAACUGAAGAUUCGGUGGGUGGACCUUCAUUGUAA